UUGCGAAUUGUUCUCUUCGAUGCAGCACUCGGCACGUACAAAAAGUUGCAGCAGCUAUUCGAGAAGUCGCUUUGGUUGUACCGUGACGAACGUGCUGGAGCUGUGCGAGGCAUAUUUGACGCUCUGCAGUGGCCGUUCCCGAACUCGCCAAUACAUCUGUUCGAAGAUCAGUACGACACGCUUCAAGGAAAUAAGGCGUCAUUACAGAGAUCUGUUGUUCACCGUUCGGCAUUUUCGAUGUGUUGUCGAGCUCCGCGACAAAACCCGAAUCAACAAGUGGCUAACUAA